AUCGGCCGACUCACUAAAAUUCAGAAGAAAAUCAAAAAGAUCGCGGAAAAUCCGCGUUUUCAGCCGGGAAAACCCACUCUGGCGACGAAAUGGAGAGCAAAUGGGAUUCGUUUGUAUCACACCUGAUAACUACUUAUAAAUUGCAGAAAUGCCUUCCAGGCAAGUUUUGCAGCGAACUCGACCUUAUCAAUCGAUUAUCUGCCCAGUCUAAGCUUUGCGAAUCGCUGGGGUUAUGGCUGUUGGCGCUACCGGAUGUGCGGCCCGAGGGAGAGCAAAAGUCGAAUCAGUACCGGGAAAGGGGCAAUGAAAUCUUCAAAAGCAAGCAAAACCUUCACCUAGCAUUCGAGGUGUACAGUAAAGCGAUCUUCGAGGCACCGGCUGGUACGGAGGCUCUUGCGUUGGCUCAUGCGAACCGUGCUGUCCUGCUGAUCCGCUUCGGACGCUACCGAGAAGCAUUCCAUGACUGCCAGCUAGCGCUGGCCUCGGGAUAUCCGGAACAAAACCGUGGCAAAGUGCUCCUUCGACAGGCCGAGUGUGCCCAAUACCUACAGGAUGCCCUUACGAUACAGCAGACUGUGGCGGGUUUUGUGGCACUAUCUUCCGCGAGGCCAUUGUCGCGACUGGAGCAGGAAAAGGUGCAAUUACUACAAAUGAUGCUUGAAAAGCACAACGAUGAUGCUUCUUAUGACGACAACGUUCCUUCCGCGGAAGAAGAUGCCCUUCGACCGAGAUUAAAAGAAAUAAUUGGAGCGAAAGUAGGACGCUACAUGAUCACAGAGGAUGACAUACAAGAGGAUGGCUUAAUCACUCGUGAGAAGGCCGUUUCUUUUGUCCCGGUGUAUGGUGUUCAGCAUCGCACGACUAUCCCAUCCUUCGAUUGCCAGCAAUGUGCCCGCGUAAACGUAAUUCCUUUUCCUUGCUCCACAUGCGGCCGUGCCUGCUACUGCAGCCCAAUUUGUCGCGAAAAGCAUGAACCGGUGCACCGGUACGAGUGUUUUGGCUAUCGAAAGCACCUGUGGUACUUCAUCGGGAUAGCACAUUUAGGUAUACGCAGUUUUCUCGAUGGAACGGUCACGAUAGCUUGCGCGAUAAAUGGCAAAGCGAAAGAUGCCGCCACUCUAUUCCAAGAGCUUCUCGACGGAACGCAAAAUGAGGAUAAUCGAUUCUGCGAGUACGGUAGAGUCUUUCGCUUAGUGACGAAUUUUGAUCGCAUGGAACCAGAUGAUCUCCUGCAAUAUGCGCUGACGGGUUUAAUGCUUGCCAUCUAUCUAGGAACUUGCACAGAUUUCUUGACUACCAGUGCGCUGAAUUCAAUACUCCCCAAAGAACAAAUAUUUCUGCUCACGGGUGCCUUAAUCAUUCGUCACAUUGGCCAAUUGAUAUGCAACGGACAUGCGAUCAGUGAGUUGCAAGCAACACUCCCGUCCGUCACGAGCUGUCUCGAGGAGGAUGGAUUUCGCUUGAAACCCGGUCUACUGCAUCGGUAUUACAGCAGUGAGCGCGUAUUCACCGCUAUCUUCCCGCGAAUCAGCAUGUUCAAUCACUCCUGUGAUCCCAACAUUCGGAACUGCUUCGAAGGUUCAACACUGACAGUUUAUGCUACGCGGCCCAUCCGGGCGGGAAGAGAAAUUUUCAAUUGCUACGGCCCCAACUAUAAGCUGAUGCCGGCGAGCGAACGUGCGAUGUGCCUUCGGCGACAGUACUGUUUCGAUUGUAGCUGUGACCGUUGCACCGUAGGCAAUGAUACGCCCAGCGCGGAAUGCUACCUUGUACGAUGUCCAGCAAGUAGUUGCAGCGCGCACUUCUCAAUGGAAAUGGAUGAUAAGCGAUGCACGGACGGUGGCCUUAAAUGCCCUGCAUGUGGGCACACUAUUGACUGCUCGUGGUUUCAAACAAUUAUGGACAUCACCGAAACGUAUAGUGAUUAUACGAACGAUCUGUUUCGCAUAUGUGCAAAGGCCUACGAGAAGGCUGAAAAGCUGUUGGUCGGGAACAAUCAAAAUAAGAGCUUCUUACUGCGCUUGAUUGUCGAUCGAUUCUUACCGGAUGCAGGAAUGGAUGCGCACUGUUUGGUUCGACUGAAAACCAUGGCCAGGGAGCUUGUGUCUAUCCAAGGGCAUCUGUUCGGCCGCAUGAGUCCCGAGUAUAUCGUGGCUUGGUUCUACCUAGCGGACUUAUUGGCCCUAGAACACUGCAUUGCGGGUGGACCGGUAACUACGGAUGACGGUAUACGUGAAAUGCUGGCAGAUUUCCGAAAAGCGCUAGAAAUAAUAGGGGCCGAGAAUCGUACGAUGAUAACGCAUUAUCUAGAGUCGUAUGUAAAACUGGCCUAAAUCCGAGGAACAAAUAAAGCAGAGCUAGACCUCAUCGUUGUUAAAAUUCGAUUAAACUUUUUGCGUAAAACAGUAGGAGCAG